AUUUAAAUAUUUAAUAAUUAGCUGAAUCAGGUAUAGACAUGUCCUAAAUAACUUCCUGGUUGGUUGACAUUGACGAAAUGGUGAAAGAGAACUAAACUUUUGUCAUAACAACAUCAACAGGUCAUGGCAUCCAGUAAACCUAUUCCAUGUGGACCUUGUUUAGAAGGAAAAGUGAACACUGAAGCUGAUAUCUGGUGUUACAACUGUGAUGAAGGAUUAUGUUCAACAUGUUCUGGUCAUCACAGAAGAUCUAAAGGAACACGUGAUCAUAAGACUAUUCAUAUUAAAAGUUAUAAACCAUCUGUCCAAGUUAUUGAAACACAAUGUGACAUACAUGGUCAACAACUCAACUUGUAUUGUCCAAGUCAUUUAAUGCCUUGCUGUGUUCAAUGUAUUUCCAAAAGUCAUUCAAAGUGUACCGGAAUAAAAAGUUUAACUAGCGUUUUGGAGAAAACCAAGAUUGAAAAAUCUAAAGAAUCUGUAGAGAAAGAAAUCAACUCCAUCUUACAACUCUUAGGUAAAAUUGUUAAUAAAAAAUCAGAAAACAUUAAAAGAGGAGAACAAGAAUAUCAAAGCAUUAAAGAAUUCAUUGUGAAAAUACGCAAUGAAAUAGAUAAACAUUUAACCCACCUAGAGAAGAAGAUAUGCAAUGAGGCAGAGACCAUCUUGAAUGAAGAAAAAUCAAAAGCCACAGAUUUAAUUGCUGAAAUUGAAGAGAAUCAGAAAAACUUAAAGAAAAUGCAAGACCAGUUACAUUUAGUCAUACCACAUGCCUCAAAACUCCAAUCUUUUCUAGCUGUACAUCAGAUUGAACAAAAAGUAUAUCAAUGUCAACGAUAUAUAGAUGAUCUUGAAAAUGACGACAGGGCAAAAGAAUAUACCAUCAAAAUGGAGAAAAACAAUGAAGUAGAAAAAAUAAUAAAAAAGUUAGGAUCCUUAGGAGAAUUAACCGUUGUUAAAACAGAUAUGGAUUUGAAGAGAGAGACAAGCGUGAGGAGGGAAGCACAAGUAGAAUCACAAGAACAAUCAAGGAUAAACAAUAUGACCAUGAACAUUGAGACACAGAUAGAGAUCAACAUGGUGAUGAUCAUAAGUGACAUAAUUUGUCUGAGUGAUGGAAGACUUAUAAUAGUGGAAUGGACUGGCAAAGUUAGCCUACUAACUCCCGAUGGCAAACUACUGAAACAGUUACCUAUACCUGGUAAAGCCUGGAGUGUUACACAGAUCAAUCAGAACACUAUUGCCAUAACUUAUCCUCAGGAGAAAGCCAUUAAGAUCUUCAAUAUGGAGAAUGAAACAGUAACCAAAGUUAUCACAUUAGAUAAAGAAUGCAGUGGAUUAUCAUCAUCAGAUGAUUCUCUUGUUGUAGGUUUGAAUGAUAAUGAAAUCCGUAUUAUAGACUUAAAAGGAAAUACACUGAAGUCAAUAAAAGUUCAGAGUGCAUCAAAUCUGAUGAACCUUGUUUACUGUAAUGACAGAGUAAUCUAUAGUGACUAUAAUGGUAAUGCAGUUUACAGUGUUGAUCAAUCAGGUAAACAGAUCUGGCAAUAUACACAGGAUUUAUCAGGACCAAGGGGACUUUGUACAGAUACUUAUGGUAACAUUAUAAUAGCAGAUGAAGACUUGUAUAGAAUAAUAGUAAUAUCAAAAGAUGGAAAGGGUAGUAAAGUACUGCUUAGUGAUGGACUGGAGAAUCCUACAUGCAUUUGUAUGAAACAAAAUGAGUCUUCAGGUUUUAUUUGUGAUGGCAAUGGCAAAGACUUGACAAAGUUCAAUUUAUCUUCUGGAUGAAAUAUACACUGAGGAGUCCAAUGAUCACCUGAUUAAUUUACAAUAUAGUAACACUGUACAUGUACUACAGCUAACAACUUGUUAUUUCUAUUUAUUAAAUACCAU